UGCCUCCCCUUCCCUCCCACAAGGCGUGCAGAACUGAAGUGGUGGUAGCGUAGCAGCACCGUCGAGGCGAGUGACGCCGUUCACCGGCUCACAUUCUUCGGUCGUCUACGGUCGAAGAAACUACGCGAUCUUCGUUACGUUCGUUUACGAUCGACGCGCAUCUGUAAGCCCUGCUGUCAUUUUCGGUGAAAAUCAGUGCGAUCAGGAUGUGGCGUGAACCUCCAGGAGGGGGGUGUAAAGCACCUACCUACAUCUUUACAAUGAUUUUACUGGCUUUACUGGCAUUGACUCAUGUUACUACCGCUGAAGAUGAAUCUAUGGGACCCGUUUUCGUUAAGGAACCACCAAACAGAGUCGACUUCUCAAAUGGAACUGGAGCUGAAGUUGAAUGCCGAGCUAGAGGAAAUCCCCAACCGGACAUUAUCUGGGUUCGUGGUGAUGGUACUGCUGUUGGAGAUGUUCCUGGAUUGAGACAGGUCCUACCGAACGGAAAUUUGGUCUUCCCUCCUUUCCGCGCCGAGGAUUAUCGUCAAGAGGUUCAUGCUCAGGUUUACAGCUGUCUCGCACGUUCUCCAGCCGGUUCAGUUCACAGCCGAGAUGUUAAUGUAAGAGCCGUCGUCGCGCAACCUUACCAACCGGAAAUCCUGACGGAGUAUGUAAUAAGGGGUAACAGCGCGAUCUUGAAAUGCAGCAUCCCGAGUUACAUCGCUGAAUUCGUUACCGUUGAGGCAUGGAUAAGAGAGGACGGAGAGGUCUACAUUCCGGAGGAUCCUGCUGUUGGGCAGGGUACUAGAGAUGGUAAAUACUUGGUUUUGCCUUCUGGAGAAUUACAUAUCAGAGAUGUUGGACCCGAAGACGGAUACAAGACUUAUCAAUGCCGUACGAAACACAGACUCACUGGAGAAACAAGAUUAUCUGCUACUAAGGGACGUCUCGUCAUUACCGAACCGCGUGGUAGUGUUCGACCAAAUGUCAAGGAUAAGGAUGUCAAUUCCAUGAAAAAAGUCAUUUCUAUAAACGAAAUGAUUGGUCUCAUAUGUCCAGUUCAAGGCUUCCCAGCACCCGCAUUCAGAUGGUACAAGUUUAUUGAAGGCUCAUCCCGUCGUCAACCUGUUCAGCUAAAUGAUCGUGUUCGUCAGGUUAGCGGUACUCUGAUCAUUCGUGAGGCUCGUGUUGAAGAUUCUGGCAAAUAUCUUUGCAUCGUUAACAAUUCCGUUGGUGGUGAAAGCGUGGAAACUGUUUUGACCGUUACUGCACCGCUUGCCGCUGAAAUCGAACCCAGCACCCAGACAAUUGAUUUUGGAAGACCAGCUACCUUCACUUGCAACGUUAGAGGCAAUCCGAUUAAGACGAUCUCAUGGUUGAAAGAUGGAAAGCCACUUGGACUUGAAGAACCAGUACUCAGGAUUGAAAGUGUUAAGAAGGAAGAUAAGGGAAUGUAUCAAUGUUUCGUUAGAAAUGACCAAGAAAGUGCUCAAGCAACCGCUGAAUUGAAACUUGGAGGAAGAUUCGAACCACCACAGAUCCGCCAAGCUUUUACCGAGGAGACUCUUCAACCCGGACCCAGCAUGUUCCUAAAGUGUGUUGCCAGCGGAAAUCCUACACCUGAAAUCACCUGGGAACUUGAUGGAAAACGGUUAUCCAACACGGAAAGAGGACAAGUAGGACAAUACGUUACGGUCAAUGGUGAUGUCGUCUCUCAUUUGAACAUCUCUAGCAUUCAUACCAACGAUGGAGGUCUUUACAAGUGUAUUGCUGCAUCAAAGGUUGGCUCUGCUGAACAUUCCGCUCGUCUCAAUGUUUAUGGCUUACCAUUUAUUCGUCACAUGGACAAGAAAGCUAUCGUCGCUGGUGAAACUCUACGUGUUACUUGCCCUGUUGCUGGUUAUCCCAUCGAAAGCAUCGUCUGGGAACGUGAUACCAGAGUACUUCCCAUUAACAGAAAGCAAAAGGUCUUCCCCAAUGGCACCCUCAUCAUUGAAAACGUCGAACGAAUGAGCGAUCAGGCUACUUACACGUGUGUUGCCAGAAAUGCACAAGGAUACAGCGCUCGAGGAACAUUGGAAGUUCAAGUUAUGGUCUCCCCACAUCUGCAGCCAUUCUCGUUCGAUGAGGCCAACUCCGGUGAUCUGAUAAUCGUCCAUUGCGCGGUCGUUAAGGGGGACACACCGAUUUCGCUCAAGUGGUUGUUCGAGGGACGCCAUUUAGAAGUAGGAGACGGAGUGGGUAUCACCGCGUUUGGGGAUAGAGUAUCGGCCUUGACGAUACCGUCCGUAAGGGGAGAACACGCCGGAGAAUAUGCUUGCGUUGCCGAUAAUCCAGCCGGUCGUGCUAGGCACAGUGCACAUCUCAAAGUGAACGUCUUACCACGCAUCAGUCCUUUCGAUUUUGGGGAUCGACCGAUCUAUGCCGGACAGGCUGCUCAGCUAGCGUGCAUGGUACCGGUCGGCGACACACCGAUUGAGAUCACCUGGACAUACGAGGGUCAACCCUUGUCGCAAUAUAUGGGAUACAGCGUCGGGAAAAUCGGACCACGAACGAGUAUACUUCUGAUCGAGCCAGUUACCCCAGACCACGAUGGACGUUACGCGUGUCUCGCUAGUAAUCCGUCGGGAAGAGCGGCACACGAAGCCAGGUUACGAGUCCACGUACCACCUCGCUGGAUUCUGGAACCUACCGAUAAAGCUUUCGCACAAGGCUCUGAUGCACGCGUUGAAUGUAAAGCCGAUGGUUUCCCGAAGCCCCAGAUUACAUGGAAGAGAGCUGCUGGAGAUACGCCUGGUGAAUAUACCGACUUGAAAAUGAGCAAUCCUGAUAUUAGUGUUGAAGAUGGAACUCUCUCGAUCAAUAACAUUCAAAAGACUAAUGAAGGUUAUUAUCUUUGCGAGGCUGUUAACGGUAUCGGAGCUGGACUUUCUGCUGUGAUUCUCAUCUCUGUUCAAGCACCUCCCCAUUUUGAAAUCAAACUCAAAAAUCAAACUGCAAAACGUGGCGAACCAGCUGUAUUACAAUGCGAGGCACAAGGCGAGAAACCAAUUGGCAUUUUAUGGAAUAUGAACAACAAGAGACUUGACCCGAAAAGCGAUUCACGUUAUACCAUCCGAGAAGAAAUUUUGGCUAAUGGUGUUCUGUCUGACCUUAGUAUCAAGAGAACUGAAAGGAGUGACUCGGCUUUGUUUACCUGUGUUGCAACGAAUGCUUUUGGCAGCGAUGAUACCAGCAUCAACAUGAUUGUUCAAGAGGUACCGGAAGUUCCUUAUGGUCUUAAAGUAUUGGAUAAGUCUGGACGUUCGGUUCAAUUGUCGUGGGCAGCUCCAUAUGACGGAAAUAGUCCCAUGAAAGGAUACGUUAUCGAAUACAAAAUCAGCAAAGGCUCCUGGGAAACUGAUAUCGAUAAGGUACUUGUGCCUGGCUCUCAACAAAACGUUGCUGGUGUGUUCAAUCUUAGACCUGCCACGACUUACCAUCUCCGAAUUGUUGCCGAAAACGAAAUUGGAAAGUCUGACCCAUCUGACACUGUAACUAUCAUCACCGCCGAAGAAGCUCCAAGUGGCCCACCAACUUCUGUUAGAGUUGAUGCUCUUGAUCAACAUACUCUCAAGGUAACUUGGAAACCACCCCCACGCGAAGAUUGGAACGGCGAAAUUCUUGGCUAUUAUGUCGGCUACAGGCUUUCAUCCUCUGACAAACCAUACAUGUUUGAAACCGUUGAAUUUUCGAAGGAAGAUGGAAAAGAACAUCACUUGCAGAUCAUGAAUCUUAAGACCUACACCCAAUACAGCGUUGUUGUUCAAGCAUUCAAUAAAGUUGGUUCUGGACCGAUGAGCGAAGAACGAAGACAACACACGGCUGAAGGUGUACCCGAACAACCACCCCACGACACGACUUGCACUACUCUUACUUCGCAAACUAUCAGAGUUUCAUGGAUGUCGCCUCCUCUUAGUGCUGCAAAUGGUGUUAUUACUGGCUACAAGGUUAUUUAUGGUCCAUCUGAUACUUGGUAUGAUGAAAAUACGAAAGAUACCAAGAUUACCUCCUCCAGCGAAACGAUUUUACAUGGCUUGAAAAAAUAUACGAACUACAGCAUGCAAGUUUUGGCCUUUACCUCUGGUGGCGAUGGCGUGAAAUCUGCACCAAUCCACUGUCAAACAGAACAAGAUGCCCCCGAAGCACCGAUCGCCGUUAAAGCACUCGUCAUGUCUCCUGAAUCAAUUCUUGUGUCUUGGCGCCCACCAAAUCAACCAAAUGGAGUUAUUUCGCAAUAUACCGUUUACACUAAAGCUGAUAGCGCAGAAAACCCAACUAGCCAGAAAGUUCCACCUAAUCAGUUAACUUACGAAGCUACUGGUCUUGACAAACAACGAAGAUACGAAUUCUGGGUAACUGCUAGCACAAACAUUGGCGAAGGAGAAAAUUCUAAGAUUGUGACAUUAGGACCAAGUGUACGAGUACCGGCCAAGAUUGCAUCGUUUGAUGACAAAUUCACUGCGACUUACAAAGAAGAUGUAAGGUUACCUUGUCUUGCUGUUGGUGUACCGGCACCGGAAGUAGUAUGGAAAGUACGAGGCUCUGUUCUUCAAACCAGUGAUAGAUUGAGACAAUUACCCGAAGGAUCCUUGUUCAUCAAAGAAGUUGACCGUGCUGAUGCUGGAGAAUAUUCGUGCUAUGUUGAAAACUCUUUUGGACAUGAUACUGUUACUCAUCAACUUAUUGUUAAUGCUCCACCACACUCACCACAAGUUACUCUCACGGCCAUGACUACCAAUUCGCUUACAAUGAAAUUGCGACCUCAUUCAACUGAUAAUGCACCUAUUAAUGGAUAUACGAUUCAUUACAAACCUGAAUUUGGUGACUGGGAAACCGCUCAAAUUAGUUCUUCGGUUCAAAAGUAUACUUUAGAAAACUUAUGGUGUGGUUCUCGAUAUCAGAUCUAUGUUAAGGCUUACAAUAGCAUUGGAACUGGAGACAAAUCAGACACUUUGAACACUCGUACCAAAGGAUCGAAACCCAUUAUUCCUGAAGCAGCAAGAUUUAUUGAAGUAUCUACUAACAGCAUUACCCUUCACUUAAGCGCUUGGUCUGACGGUGGCUGCCCUAUGUUGUACUUUGUCGUUGAACAUAAGAAGAAGCAUCUACAAGAAUGGAACCAAGUAUCUAAUAACGUUAAACCGGGCGGUAACUUCGUAGUUUUGGAUCUAGACCCUGCUAGCUGGUAUCAUCUUCGAGUUACGGCUCAUAAUAAUGCUGGAUUUGCGGUAGCCGAAUAUGAAUUUGCAACUUUGACUGUAACUGGAGGUACAAUUGCUCCGCCGGUACGUAACGGUGGUAAUGAGGAUACCGACGUCAGACGUUAUUUCCCAUGGUUACCGAGUUGGCUCGAUGUUAAUGUUGUUGUACCGGUUGGAGCUACGAUCGUCGUCAUUAUCGUAGGAAUUGUUGUCAUUUGCGUCGCAUUAUCUAGACGAACCCGAGGCCCGGAACAAACACGGCUGCGAGGUAUCUCUUCAGCCGACGAGAAAUAUUACGAGGGACAAUACGACGUAGUAUAUCAACAAACCGGUGUUGGUGGCGCUACACUUGACAAACGCAGGCCUGAUCUUCGAGAUGAAUUAGGAUACAUCGCACCCCCGAAUCGCAAACUUCCACCUGUUCCUGGCUCCAACUAUAACACCUGCGAUCGCAUCAAGCGAGGUACAGUGAUAAGUGCGACAGGUUCGUUCAGAAGUCACUCAACGUGGGAUCCAAGGAGGCACAUGUAUGAGGAAUUAAAUCAUUGUGCACCCAGCAGAAGGUGCCCACCUCCACCGCGUAUGGGCAGUUCGGAGGGUCUUUCUCACAGAGGCAUGGAGGAUGAGAUCUGCCCGUACGCUACUUUCCACUUAUUAGGAUUCCGUGAAGAAAUGGACCCAAGCAAGGCUAUGCAAUUCCAAACUUUCCCUCACCAAGGUAAUGGACAUUCCGGAACUAUGGGACCACCAGUUGGACAUCCGACUAAUGCUUCUGCUCACAGUCGCUCUGGAUCUCAAUCUAUGCCUCGUCAGAAUGGUCGUUAUUCUAGAGUACCAUCCCAAGGAGGUGGCAGCGGAACUCAUGUCUUCUCUCCUGAAUACGACGACCCUGCUAAUUGCGCUCCUGAAGAAGAUCAAUACGGCUCUCAAUAUGGACAAUACGGUGCUCCUUACGAUCACUAUGGCUCUCGUGGAUCAGUCGGCCGUCGUAGCGUUGGAUCUGCUCGCAAUUUACCAAGCUCUGGAUCACCCGAACCACCUCCACCACCACCAAGGAAUCACGAUCAGAAUAACUCAAGUUUCAACGACAGUAAGGAAAGCAACGAAAUCAGCGAAGCAGAAUGUGACCGUGAUCAACUUGUCAACCGCAACUAUGGCGUGAAUGCUCGCGGCAAGGACGGCAUGACCACCGAGGAGAUGCGUAAACUCAUAGAGAGGAAGCCAAACGAAGCCCCCGGCCGGCAAACCGGCAGCCCCCACGGCGGUCACGGGGGACUCCUCACACCCUACGAUACUGUGGCAGUGUAACCUGUAAAUCCAUCAUCAUCCAUGGUUUUCCGAUUCUCUCGUUGACUCCGACCGAAGACUCGAGAGAUACGGAAACAAAGCGCACGCUAACUCUUCCCCCGGUGCUGUCGUCGGUCCAAUUUGCAACGAUUUUAAUGAUUUAAAAAAAAAGAAAAAGAAAAAAAAGGAAAAAAAAAUUACAAAAUAACAUCGUCGCGAAUAGAUUCUAGAAUUCGAUGAAUUCAAUUUUUAAAAGAGUUGUGCACACGUUUUAUCAGAUGUAUGUAUAUACGUACGAGACAACGAGCAUCGUCCUCGCGACGAAAAUUACCUCCUUCGUCCAUCUAUGACCAUAUCACGAAUGACUUUUGUAUCCUUGUUGGCCUUAUCUUUUAGUUUCUUCUUUUUCUUUUUUUUCUUUUCCUUUUUUACUUUUUUAUCAUUAUUUAGUAGCAUUAAUGUUUAAUUCUAGCUCUCAUUAUUUAACCAAAGGCCAAACUCAAAACUGCCUCUCUAAUUAACUGCCUAACGAGGACAAAGGAGGUCGAAUGGUCGACGGCUAGAAAUGAAAAUAAUAAUCGAUUUUAGAGAAUUCUUAAGAUAAAAAUUGUUUCUUCUCGGAUCUCAGGCGAUUCGUGACACCCGGCACAGGUUCGCGGACGCUCUCUUACGACAGCGAAACAAAACGAAAUAACAAUAAGGCAAUAGCAUACAACAAAAAUAUAAAUCAACACAUAUGAAAAAAAUAAAAUUUAAAAAGAAAUAGACAAAAGAUCGUGAGAAGAAAAAGAAGAAAAGAAAAAGCGUGCUCUCGGCGACGGUUCAUUUUCCGGGGGUUUUACGCGGGAUAUCCUAGGUUAAAAGUCAAGUCUCGUCCUAUUGGACAGGUUAAGACGAUAACAUGAGAUUAGUUACUCGCUUUUAAGUCAUGGUUGUGCCACACUGCCGCUACCCGCAGGCAUAUAUACAUAUAUACGUUACAUAUGUACGUAAAUAACAUAUAACAUAUACAUAAUAUACGAUUUAUAAUUUCGUAACGAAGGUUGUGUCCCCCCGGGGGUCGAAGAUGUAUCGAGUCUCAAUGUCGCGGAGAGCAAGUGUAGAGAUUGUCGUCGUCGUCGUCGUCGUCGUCAUCGUCGUCGUCGUCAUCGUCGUCCAUUGAACAAAAAUGAUGAGAAAUAAAUAUGAAAGAAAUUUAAAUUUCAAAUUCUCACCGAUAGACUUAUCCGAAGGAAGAACGCGGCACGCCAUCGGAAAAAAUAAUUAAAAUUAAAAAAUAAAAAAAAAAGAAACAAAUAUAAUCGUCAUUACGUACUAUCUUUACAGGCUACGCGCACAUUAAAAAAAAAGAACACAUUUACACUCUCAUACAAUCUUUCGCAAUACACAUGUUCACAUAACAAGCUACACUUGCUGUCGGUUCUUAAUCGUCCUAACAUAAAAAAAAAAAAAUAUAUAUAUAUAUAUAAAUACGUGUAUAAUGUGAAUUCGGUGCGUGUAUACGUAUUUAUAGAUCUACGCGUAUCUAUUACCG